AUGGCAAAGACAGGAAAUGGAAAGUUAUGCGGGUUUGAUGAAGAAAACGUUGGGUUUGAGAAGGGGGUUCAUUCUAGUGUUCUACACGAGCGUUAUUUUUUAGACGUAACGGUGCUACCUACUGCUGACGAUCCGUGUGUGACUUCUAAUGUAGAAGGCCUGAAGGCAACAGACGUUCGGUUCAAAAAACAAACUGCCAACCUCGGCCUUACAUGGCGAACCGUAUACAUUACAAGCACAGUCGUCGUCAGUGGCUUUCUCUUAGGAUAUUGCUGCGGUGUUAUAUCCGGUGCUAUGUUGAUCAUAAAGACGAGACUAAGGCUUCCCAACCAUUGGCAAGAGCUAAUGGUAUCUGGCACCGUCGGAGCUGCUGCCUUGUCCACUAUAAGCUCCGGAUAUAUGAUUGAGAGAUUCGGCCGUAAGAGGAUGAUCAUUAUAUCAACCAUAUUUUUCAUCGUCGGGUCUACAGUAAUGGCGGCCUCGUCUAACAAGGAGCAGUUUUUCGCCGGUAGAAUCAUCGUUGGACUCGCCGUAGGAAUCACGUCAUGUGUCACUCCUGUCUACGUGGCUGAAAUCACGCCACCGCUUGUGCGAGGACGAAUGUUGGUGUCGUAUCAGUUGAUGAUAACGAGUGGCUUCUUUUGCGCUGCCUUGCUCAGCGCGGCCUUCAGUUACAUCGAAAACGAUGAUAUCAAUUGGAGGCUGAUGGUUGGCUUUCUGGUGGGUCCGUCAAUUUCCCAGUUGUUUUUUCUUCAGAGUGUGCCAGAGAGCCCUCGAUGGCUGGCAGUUCAUGGGCAAAAACAUGAAGCGGAGCGAGUAAUGAUGAUGCUGAACGACGACAGCAACCGGUCACAGAUCAGCGCCCAAAUGGACGUCAAACAAAUGGUAGAGGAUUACAUGAAAAUACGUAACUUACGGCGAACGAAACCUUUUAGGUACUACAGCGCUACAAUAAUUCAAUCGGGUGGCAUACAAAGCCUAACUGUCAGCAUGUGGAUGACCUCGAUAGCGUACGGAGUCAAUUUUUUAUGCACGAUAAUCAGCAUGUUCCUCAUCAAUCGUCUUGGGCGUCGUCUGCUGCUUUUAUACAGUACCUUUGGGGUGCUCCUGAGUUGCUUUUUAAUGGGAACUGGAUUUGUUCUAAUAUCCGCUGACUCGGCACUUGGCAAGUACAAUGAGACUCUUAACUCGACCGAAACCUUGGGCUUUGAUGACCGCUGUGCUGGAUUAGGAUGCGAUGCAUGCAGUUACAUGGAUCAAUGCGGAUACUGUUAUAUAGAAGGCGGCAAUAUGAACUAUUUGGGAGCUUGUGUCGCCAUAAGCGAUCAAAUCGAUGAAGUAAAUCGUCUGUUUUACGCACUAUAUGGUCGCUGUGCGCUAAAUCAAACGGUCUUUGAUGGAGAACAACAAUUUUUGCGGACAGAACAGGAUGCCGUGUUCAACAUGGGAUACUGUAUUACCGCGUACUCUUGGCUGCCGAUCUUUGCCAUGGUCAUCUACUUGUGCAGCUUUGCUGUUGGCAAGUUUAUCUCAUGCAACUAUAAUGCAAAACCCAUCUUACUCAUUUACUUGUUGGAGUUUUAUCCAAAUUGGGCCAGAGCGGUUGGAUGUUCCAUAUCGAGUUUCAUCAAUUGGUCGUUUAACAUUUUGAUAUCAUUCACGUUUCUUACCCUCAAUCGGGAAAUCACUAGACAAGGUUCUUUUUUCUUGUACGGAGGCAUAUGCAUAAUUGGAUAUGCUUUCUUUUACGUCGUGUUCCCAGAAACAAACGGACUGCGCGUUGAAGAGGUAGAAAACGAAUUCGACAGUUCCUGGGUGUUCGCUAAACCGUGGUAAGC